GUGACCUUCAUCCACCUCUAAAUCAAAGCAAGCCCCCAAAACCCACCGUCCACCGAGCUUUCCAAAAUGGCGUCUAUGUUCGCCGGAGACCUCAAGCUCCCCUCAAUUUCCUCCCUCCUCUCCUUCUACGCCUCCUUCUCCGCCCUCGCCAUGAUCAUCCGCACCAUCCUCAACGAAGCCCUCCCCCGCCCCGUCCGCCACUUCAUCGCCGCCAAAUUCUCCGACCUCGUCUCCACCCAUUUCUCCACCAGCUUCACCUUCGUCAUAGAGGACCGGUGGCACGCCGUCACCAACGAGACCUUCCGCGCCGUCCAAGCCUACCUCCCCACCAGAGCCGGCCCGGCCACCAACCGCCUCCUUCUCGGCCACAACGACACCAACAACACCGCCGCGCCGCCGCAGUCCGGGAUCCCCGUCGAGGCCAAAGUCUUCGACCACUUCCAGGGCAUGAAGCUCGAGUGGACCCUCCACGAGAAAGAGACCAAGAAGUUCUACCCACGCCACAGCCACUGGUACGAGCUGAGAUGCAGCAAAAAGGACAAAGACAGGGUCAUGGAGACUUACCUCCCUCACAUUUGCAGAGAAGCUCAGAAGAUCUUCAACCACAGGGAGGUUCUCAACAUCCACACCUACGACAACGACGGCUCCAGCUGGGAAUCCACCGUUUUCAAGCACCCUGCAACCUUCGACACUCUGGCUAUGGAGCCUGAAGCCAAGCGGCGGAUCAUCGACGACCUGGAUACGUUCAUCCAGAGGAAAGAGUAUUUCCAGAGCGUCGGCAGAGCUUGGAAGAGAGGGUACCUGUUGUACGGGCCUCCGGGGACCGGGAAAUCGACCCUGGUUGCCGCCAUUGCUAACUAUCUCAGGUUCCACAUCUAUGAUCUUCAGCUCCAGAGCGUUAAAAAUGACUCGGAGCUGCGGCGGGUGCUUACUGCCACCACCAACCGCUCCAUUCUUCUGAUCGAGGACGUUGACUGCAGCUCCAAGUCAACCAAGCCUCGAGCUACUCGGGAUGACAAGGAGAAUCCUGAUGAAAGUGAUGAUGAGACCAAGGACAGGCUUCCUUUCGACGACCCUGGGGUCACGCUGUCUGGGUUGCUGAAUUUCAUUGAUGGGUUGUGGUCGACUUGUGGAGAUGAGAGGAUCAUAAUCUUCACGACGAACCACAAGGAGAAGCUCGAUCCAGCUAUGUUGCGCCCUGGAAGAAUGGAUGUGCAUCUCUAUAUGGGUCACUGUACUCCAGCAGCAUUCAGAGUGUUGGCAGCCAGGUAUCUGGGGAUUCAAGAGCACUCACUUUACGAGUGCGUCGAAGAUCUGAUGCAGAAGAUUCCGACUACUCCGGCAGAGGUCGCUCAGCAGCUGAUGAAAUCUGAUAAGCCCGAAGUUGCCUUGGAAAGCCUUGUUGAGUUCAUGAAGACAAAAGAGAGCGAGAGUGAGAACAGCAAGUUGUUCACAAAGGAAGAAGUGGUAAUCAAACAAGAAGUAACUAAGUCGACAGAGGAAGAAGUUGCAGAACAGGAUGAUAAGAAAUUAUUGUGAGAGGUUCAGAAAUCGUGUUUAGUUCAGGACUAGUAGGGAAAUGAACAAAGUUGAAAGAUCCUUCAAUUUAACUCUGUUAUUGACGUGUUGAACACUCUAGCAUUUCAGAUGCUGUAAUACAGAAAGUGAACUAUCGUUCAGAAGUUCUUUUUCCC